GUGAGCCCUGGCCAUGCAAGGAAUCCCAGUUUUGGCAAGAAUAGUCUGUGGGAUUUUUAUUUCCCCUAUGCCUUUGAUUCCGAUCCCGCUUUGUUGAUAGUCUUCCCAGCCUCCCCAAUGUUGGUUUUCUGACACCAAUGAAGACUGUACUGUGAAGUUUGAAUUUGUCACAGUUUUCUGAUAUUUUCACCAAACACAAUAAUUAUUAGAUAAUGGUUCUCGCUUUUCCAGCGGGAAAAUUGGCCUAUUUGGCCAUAAAGCAGGUUUCUAAGCCAGUAGCGAAAGCAGUAGCGAGUGGAGCAAAACGCAGUGACUUCUUCAAGAACUAUGUUUGCAUCCCACCCGCACGCAUCUACAACUGGUCGCAGACGCAGAUCAAGAUGCGCUUUCUGGGCUCGACGGGGAAAGUGAAGGUGCGGGAACUCAGCGAGGACGUGGCUGUCGAACUCGGUGCUCAACUUAUCGGCGAGACGACGAUCUUCGCCGUUGCCGCUGGCACUCUCAUAUUCGAGUACACGCGGAAUGUGAACGCAAGCGAGCGCAAGGAAGCCGCCAAGGCAGCCGAGAUGCAGCAGCUGCAUGACCAGAUCGGUGAGAUGGGUCUGCAGCUGGAGCAGCAGAGUGCGGAGCUGCGAGAGUUACGCCGCUAUCAGGGCACACUGCACACCGCACUAGGAAAGAAAGGCGUCAAGGAUUUGCCCAGCCUUGACGAGCAAACUAGACUUUGAGACUGUGCUGGGCACAUGCUCCCAUUUUAGAAACUGUUUUAGGAGCCCGUUUGGGCUUUUCCAGUCUUCGGUCCAACUGGAAAGUCUCAUCACACAUUACUUCUUGUUUGGCUGGUCCAAUUCAAAACAAAUUCAGCCUUUUAUACAAUGUGCGUCAACAGAUUUCCCUUGCAAGUACAUAGUAGUUAUAACUUAUAAUUCAGGAGCUGAUUCGCAGAAUUCUGUGAGCCGGUGGUUAUAGAUUGCGCCGAUUCUGCUGUAUCUCAAAUUUGCAACAUGACAUACACGCAACUACUGAUGUCGCUGACGGGUAGAAUGAUAUUAUGCAGUACGAUACCACACACUUGUCGUCCGGCUAGCCGGCUGAGUAAACUAAAAACUAAUUCUGAAUGAAAGGUUUUGUACAAUGG